AGCCCAGAAUCGCUGAGCCGCAGUGGGAGUGGUGCGGACCUGCAGCAAGCCCGGAGAAACGGAGCUGUGGCAGACCUGUAAGAGCGCGGCUCUUCCUCGGUUUCGAGAACCGUCCUCUGCGGGCGCAGCGGAGUCCUCCUCCCCGUUCUCGGUGGCGAAUAAUUUAAAAAUGACGACACCGAACAAGACACCUCCUGGUGCUGAUCCUAAGCAGUUGGAAAGGACCGCGACAGUGAGGGAAAUUGGGUCCCAAGCUGUUUGGUCACUCUCAUCGUGCAAACCAGGGUUUGGAGUGGAUCAAUUACGAGAUGACAAUCUAGAAACUUACUGGCAAUCUGAUGGCUCUCAGCCUCAUUUAGUGAACAUCCAAUUCAGAAGAAAAACCACAGUGAAGACGUUGUGUAUCUACGCAGACUAUAAAUCUGAUGAAAGCUACACUCCAAGCAAAAUCUCAGUCAGAGUAGGAAAUAAUUUUCACAACCUUCAAGAAAUUCGGCAACUGGAAUUGGUGGAACCAAGUGGCUGGAUUCAUGUUCCUUUAACUGACAAUCAUAAGAAGCCAACCCGCACAUUCAUGAUACAGAUUGCUGUUCUAGCCAAUCACCAAAAUGGAAGAGAUACCCACAUGAGACAGAUUAAAAUAUACACACCGGUGGAAGAGAGCUCCAUUGGGAAAUUCCCUAGAUGCACAACCAUCGAUUUUAUGAUGUAUCGUUCUAUACGGUGACUUGAAAUGAGACAGAAGUGAAGUAGACAUUUGUUUUAUCCUGUCAUUGAAUAUUAUAUCAGGUAUCUUUAGUGGAAAAGCGUGUUAUUGUACCAGUUAUAUACAUUUUAAACAUUUUAAUUUAGAUAAAUAAAUAACUUUUGGGUGAUACCUGUUUUCCUUAUACAAUAAAGCUCAUCUAUUUUAUAUUGUUAAAAAUGAAUUUGAAGCCAAUCUUUACAUGUUUCUUUAUAUUAAAACAAACUAGUUAAACUGAAAAUUUCAAAAUGUGUAAUUUUUUUUACUAGCAUGGUGAUUAUUUCAUAUAAUAGUUGUUGGGUAUUUGGGAACAAAACUCUGUUUUUCUAGUGUACCUGUAAUUUUUAAUAGCCUAAGAUUAAUUUUUUUGUAGAGGAAAUUUAAUUUUUAUAUGUGUGAUCCUUUUUAAACAUAAUACCAGAAUAAACUGGCACUAGAUGUCUGUUAUGAACCAGUCUGUUUAGGUCUUCUGGCCCACACCUAUAAUCCAGCACUCUGGAGGCUGAGCGGAAGGAUUUUUGUGAGUUCCAGUCUAACUUGACUAUACAGUGAGACCCUGUCUUAAAGAGACUGGGGGCUUUUGCAGGGUAGAAGCCAGUCUGAUUUAGAGAAUAUUAUGUUAGAAAUUGCCAUUUAAUUUGCAGUUUAUCUCAGUCCAUGUAAUACUUAUAUGAGGAACUUCAGUUUGUAUCUGACAUUGUAACAUUUUCCACAGAUAAUAGUUCCAUGAGAAUUUAAAAAGAAAUAGCAUUUUUUUUUUCUGUAGAACAUGGCUGAAACAAUGAAUGUUGACUGGUUCAAAACAUGUUGUGUCCUGUAUCUGAUUGGGUUGGAGUCAUUAGUCCCAGGACUGCCCCUAGAUUCACUUUUGUUUUAGAAAGGUUGGUCAUGCGUUGUUGGGUUUAUGUAAGUAUAAAUCAAGAAUGUUUAAAAGUAAUAGUCUGUUUGCAUUUCUUUAUUCUGGUAGCAAGUAUUGUUCACUUGGUUACUACUGAACAUAUGGUUUCACUUCCUUUGAGUGCCAUCCUUUAGACAGGAGAGUAUUUUUUGUUUGUUUUAUUCUCUUGGAAGUAAAAAGCAUGCUAGAGACCUAGUACAAGGUAGGUAAAAUUGUGUAGCUACGUUUAGUAGAGAUGUAGGUGUAGGAUGCUGCGUAGAGUCAAGCGGCUUGACGGAAACUAUAAUGGAGGCCUGAUGGACAGAAGAGAAU